AUGCCCAGCAGCUUUGCGGCACAGCAGCAGGGGAGCUGCAAUCCACACCAGAACCCGGUACGCUCGCACAAGGGCGGCUAUCUUCGCUGCCCAUUCAACAUCAGCUCCAGCUAUGCGGAGCUUGCCGAGCGGCGAGUGCACGAGGACCUGGCGUGCGGCCGCAGCAGAGCUGCCGUAGCGGACAAGGACGGGGUAAAGGCGUUUCCCUCCACGGGACCGCAGGUGGACAGCGACGGCAUCGACGGCGACUUCGCUGGGCGUCCGUGGAGUCGUGCCGGUGUAGGGGCAAACAGGUUGUCUGGUAAAGAAAAGCGAACGCAGCAAGAGCAGGCGGAGCACAUCUACGGCCGCGGCACACUCGCUGAGGAUGACGGCGCCGUGGCGGCUACUGGGGCGGUGUCCGUAACGAGCGAUCUGCUUCAGGAGAACAUGUUUGCCGUCGAUGUGCGCGAGCGUGCAGCGCUGCAGAAGGUCGUGCCGCGCGCGGUGCGCGAGCAGGUGAAGCGGCGAAAGCUCGAGGAUGUCAAGAAGGAGCGUCUUUCCCCCGGCAAUCACUGCCGUCACGGGUGUGCCCCGUUGCACACGGAUCGCGCCGCAGGUGAGGAGGCGGGAGAGGACGAUGACGUGGAAAGUCGUUCUGAAGAUCACAUGGCGGGGCCCCCCCGCGAGCGCACACGUUUUUCAUCGCCGGCAGCUGGCUCUUCCAGAGUUGGUGCGCCACCGUUGCCCCACUCUGCAGGCAGUAAGGACCAUCCUAGCGGCGGGAGCAGCAGUGCCAAUGUGGGCGCCGAGCGGUCGCCACGCAGCGGCCCGUCCGAUGCGUCAGCUCAGCGCCCGCCUCUCCGAGAGCCCACACCAGCUCCUGUAUCGGCAAAAUCGAACUGCCCGAAGAACCGCAUGCAGAUGUUGGACGGCUUGCGUGCCUCUGCGCUCAUGAACAAGAAGGGCCGACGAUAG